GACGCUCUAUCCUAGAAGAGAGAAGAGAAUGAAGCAAGUGGGAUGAGUGCAUGCACAGAGGCAAUCAAGACACGUGCAGGGUGCACGUGUACUCGGUCUUGCGCUGUUAUGACCACGAGGAAAGUAAAAGCUCUCUCAAUUGUCCGUUACUUACCCUAUUAAAAUCUGUACUAGCGCGUCUCGUUCCUAGUUAUAUUCGAUUGGUACUCUCACGUUUGAAGGAAGUGCAAUGGAUACGAAGACUAGGAAAAACUUUUAUUCGGUAUCUGCAGAUACCUCGAUAAUAGUAAUAAUAACAAGACUAACACCGCAAACUAUCACUGGCACGAUGAAUGAAGCGUAACACGUAAUCAACAUUGAAGAUGAAUGUAUUUUUAUGCCAUCAUUUAAUUUAGCAAAUAUCACUGUCAGGUGAGCAACCAUGAGACACAAGUUUGCUGAACGUUGUGUUUAAUCAUAUAAGUCUACGUGGGUAGGGUUAUCGUGUGUGAUUUGAAGAGAAGUUAAUUUUGCUUAAUGAAGCAAAUACUUGUGUGAUUUCGUGUUAAAAUAAGUUAAUCUUGUGUCAGUGAUUUGUCUGAGGGACACGUGAAUUUUUAUCUGCGAUGUUGAAUUCUUCAGAGAUUCUUAUAAAGCGGCUGAUCUAUCGCGAGGAAGCUGCGAAGUAUCGUGUGGUGCGGAAUGAGUUCGGUGACUGAGUUCUUCGUGGUAGGGAUUUGACACUGUUAGAUAGUCUUUCGCAAAGAAGAUUGCGAGUCCGCGGUAGUAGUACAGUCGACUACGGUCGACGUUACUAUCGAGGUGGUAGCUACAAGAUUUGCAAUUUUUUUUACUCUCUACAACCCCUACCGAUCAUCAGCCUGUAGAAAGAAUUUUUCACCUAAUUCAAAUGUAUAUUUAUUCCAAUAUAAUUUCAGUUUGAAUUAAAACCCUUUGAAAAGUCGAGUAUUUUUUCCCUUGCAUACAAUUAUCCCGUCCAUCUGACGAUUAACCCUUUAUCCGUCCACCCUCGGUCAGUGCACUAUAAACUCACACGCUAACGUAAAGGGGUGAACGAGAGUGACGACUUCCGGUAUAUUUUUACCUGGACUAUCCACUCAUAAAACUCAAAGAAGAUAAUCGAAAAGAAACUGAUUAUUGAUAACAGACAGAGGACAACAGAUAUUCACUGUAGUCUGGAUUCUUCAUUGGAAUUACUUUGAAAUAUCAUGAAGUGCCAAAUGAAAUUGAAAUUGAUACAGAUACUGCCGUUGAUGCUAGCCUUGACAUAUGCUCAUCCUCUGGAUAGAAGUACUAGGAACGUGGAACAUUCCUCUUUCAUAGAAACUCCGCAUAAUUGUCUUCAUAUUCCCAUAGACUUGCAUCCCUGCAAUGAUGACGAGAUUGCGGAUGAGAUCAGAGGGAAGAUUGAAGCUUUUGUCAGUCGAGCUACGAGCGAGAAGGUUACUGUUAUUUAUAAACUAGUGGGCUGCCUUCCGAGCAGUGUACCAUUUAAACUACCAAUAUGCAAAGAAGAAGACACUCUACGACGAGAUCUCGAAGUACGCACGUUGUAUUCUUACAAACCUAGAUAUCCGUCGUUCGCCAAGCCUAUUUCCGGUACAACUUCGACCACAAUUCGUCCUGCUGAAGAUUCUAUUUCCUCGAAAUCGAAAAAUGAGGAAAAACUUACGGAGGAGGUCAAGGCGGAGGAAAAUCCUCAAGAUGAAAGUUUGGAUAUCAGUACGCCAAAAAGGAAGAGCGUUAUAAACAAUGCAGGAAUGGCCAAAGCGUAUACAUCUGGUGGUACAGUAGAAUCCAAUCCCAUUUCUGGCGAGGAACAGUCUACAAAUGAGAAUGGCAGAGUGUUAAAAAAAAUACCUGAGACUGAAAACUUCAAUUCCAUUAUGGACAUUGAAUCAUUAAUAACUGAGAAAUUGGCUGAUGUAUAUUAUCAUGCGGGAAAGAAUGAUAUUCAAGCUGAUGAAAGAGUCAAAGAAACAAUUGAAGCGAAAGAACAGAAGCCUUUUAAGGUGUACGUGGUAGAGAUGGAAUUUCCAUACACCAAAGCAAUUCCGUACGAUCCUGAAAAAUUAGAGAUAGCCAAGAUCGGCAGUGAGUUUCCCUAUUCCAAGGCAAUUCCAUUCGAUUCCAAGAAACUUCAGGUUGCCGGACAAGGAACUGAGUUUCCCUAUACCAAGGCAAUUCCAUUCAAUCCUGAAAAGCUCUACGUACCAAAAAGAGGAAUUGAGUUUCCAUAUGACAAAGCAAUUUCGUAUGAUCAAAGGAAUUUAAAAGUUGCAAAGCAAGGGAGCGAGUUCCCAUAUCACAUGGCAAUUCCAUAUGAUUCCAGGAAUCUUCAUGUACCGGGUAGAGGAUUAGAGUUUCCCCAUGCUGAAGCGAUUCCAUAUGAUCCCAGCAUACUAAAGAUGGCCGAAUCAGAAUAUAAUUUUGUGUACCAUAAGGCAACUCCAUAUGACUCCGAGAAGAUGUACGUAUACACCAGAUAGAGGAAUUGAGUUUCUUUACGCCGAAGGAAUUCCAUAUGAUCCUAGCAAACUAGAAGUAGCUAGAGAAGGUAGCGAGUUUCCAUACUAUAAGGCGAUUCCUUUCAAUUCUUGGCAACUGACAGCAGUACGAAGAGAACCAAGUGAAUUCCCAUAUGCCAUGGCAAUUCCAUUCGACUCUUGGAAUUUACAUCCUGUUCAAAAAACAAGCGAACUUCAAUAUAGGAAGACCCUGCCAUUAAAUCCUUGGAAAUUGCUAAUUCCCAGUGAAAUUCCAUAUCAUCAUAAACCAGUACCAUACAGGAACUUGAGAACAACCAUUAACUUCCCAUAUUCUCAAGCAAUACCUUAUGACCCCAGAAAGCUUUACGAAUCCUCAAGAUGCAAGUUUGGAACUAAUGAGUCAUUUCUUCACAAUACGAUUAUACUUUAUCCCACCGAGAGGCCUAAGAAGACUACGGGAAUCACUGGAUAUAUGUA